AAUUCUAUUUUUUCAGUUUGAAAUCGCAUGUCGGUUAUUUUAGUGUUCUGUUUACGUUUGUUUUCUAAACGCUGUAAUUGCUUAGGUCGCACAUUUUAGAAUAAUGAUUGUGUUUCAUUUCCAGUCCUACUUUUGCUAAUGCUUAUAACUUAUUAGGAAGUUGUAGAAAAUAAUGAAAGAAAAUGAGUGACAAUAUAAAAGUAGUUGUCAAAGUUAGACCUCUAAUUUCGCGUGAAAUUGAAGAUAAACUUUCUUACCAGUGGCGGGUCAAGAAUAAUACGCUUUACCAGCUCGGACACAAUGGCAAAGAAAACGGCCAGUCUUUCACUUUUGAAAAAGUUUACGACAAAGAUACGAACACUGCAGAGGUGUACAAUGAUAUUGCGAAGCCGAUCGUGGAAGCCGCGACGGCUGGCUUCAAUGGCACCAUAUUUGCUUAUGGACAGACGUCCUCGGGCAAGACUUACACCAUGACUGGGACAGACAGCUCGCCUGGAAUCAUUCCACUGGCAGUCAUCAACUUGUUUGAGAUUAUCAAGAACAUUCCUGACCGAGACUUCUUAGUGAGAGUGUCUUACAUAGAAAUCUAUAAUGAGACGUUGAGAGAUCUAUUUAAUCUGAGCAAAAAAUAUGUUAAGAUCACUGAAUCCCAUCAGGGAAUCAAAGUGGAAGCCACUGAGAAAGUCACCUCUUCACCGGAAGAAAUACUAGAAGCUAUGAAAGAGGGAGAAGCGAACAGACAAAAAGGUGCCACAAAUAUGAAUGAAGAAAGUAGCAGGUCCCACACAAUAUUCCAAAUUAUAAUAGAAUCUCGCGAGCACGUAGAAGGGGAAGAAGAGCCGGGCUGCGUGAACGUGUCGCAGCUGAACCUCGUGGACCUGGCGGGCUCGGAGCGCAGCGGGCAGACGGGCGCCACGGGCCGACAGUUCAUCGAGGGCACCCAUAUCAACAAGUCCCUCUCUGUACUCGCUUUAGUCAUCAAUCAGCUGUCAGAAAACCCUAAUAGAUAUGUGAAUUAUCGCGACAGUAAAUUGACGCGUAUCCUGCAAAACUCGCUCGGAGGUAACGCGAAGACGACAAUCAUUUGCGCCAUCACACCAGCCGCUGUUGAGGAAACUAUUUCUACAUUGCAAUUCGCGAACCGAGCCAAAGCUAUAAAGAAUAAGCCUGAAGUGAAUGCCGUUGCCACUUCUAACGACACCAUGAUCCAACGACUCACGAAGCAGAUGUGUGACCUCAAAACUCAGUUGGAGAGCAAGAAGAAUAUAGAGCAAGACAAUCACAAGUUACAAAGCAAGAUACAAAACCUGCAGAAGUUAAUAUUGAACGGGUUUGCUCAGAGACGUAGUAUGGACCUUAUAAGUGGCCCUCGACGAAAACUGCAGCAGCCUAGGAGAAUAACUAUAUCUGCAUUUAAUUCUAUAUCUGAGGAAGAGCCGGUCGUCAGUAUACCUAAGUUUUGUACACCCAGUUUGAAGUACAACCCCCUGGUGGUCCCGAAGCUGGGCGAGCUGGCUCCCGUGGCAGAGGAAGGCAAGCUGUCGGCCGAGGCCGGCGAGCCGGCGCGGAUGGUGACGCCGCCGCCCACACGGACCGUCUUCUUCAGCAACGAGGUCAUCGAACUUGAUAGCGAUGACGACUCGACACGAGACGAUGCACCGACAUGCUCACCCAUUCACAAAUGCUAUGGAGCAACAAAAACACCGCCGUGCGUACUCAGGCGAAAUGCUAAAGAGGCUGAAAGAAAUUUAAAAGGCUUAAUCGAAUUAACCGAAAGAGAAAAAAUGUAUUCGCCUGAAGUGAUUGAAUAUAUAGAAAAAUUAGAACAAAAUACCACUGUGAUAGCGAAACUACAAGACGAAAUUGAAGUACUGAAUAGAGAGAGUAAAGAAAAAGAUUCAGAAAUGGACUUAUUGAGAAGCAAAGUUAAGAAGUCUGAGGAAGAUAUGAAGGCUCUAGUUGCUGCUAAGAUCGAGCUGCUAGCUCAGUGUGACAACUUUAACACUAAAUUGACUGACGCGGAAGUGAGUUACGAAACCCUUCGGAAUAAAGCCAAACUUCGUGAAGAAGAAUUGCUGUCUUUGUUAGAAGAACUCACUGCCAAAAAUAAGAAGCCCGAAGAUAUUGGUAAAAUGCUGUCCCGAACGUUAGACAAAGAGGUUCAUUUCAUGGAUAUCUCGAAAGACAUUUCUCUUGUCAAUAGUGACAGUGAUAGUGUUGUCAAUGGGAAUGAUGAUGGAACCGAUCAUAUUAAUGAAUUAGUCGCCGAAACUCAAUCUCAACUCGAUAUGAGAAAUCAAACAAUCAUAAAUUUAGAGGCUACCAUAUUUUCCCAAAAACAAAAGAUCUCCAUGUUAGAGGACCUGAAUAAAAGUCUCCAGGAAGAAGUUAGCGCGGUUAAAGAUAAACUCGUUUACAUAGAAAAUGAAAAUACUCUACUCAAAUCUACACUGGAUACUCUAAAUUCUACAAUAAAAGAACAAAAAAUAAAUUUGGAAACCGCAAAAGCUGACAUAGAUUCGUAUAAUACUCUUAUACGGGAACUGCAAAUAAAAUUAACCCAAAAAGAUAGUUCAUCAUCCAUUGACAUCAAUGACAGUGCUCUUGAUAAUAUGAUAGCCAACGAAGAAAAGUUCAUUGCUAACAAUGAGAACAUGAAAAAUAUAAUUCGGUCUCUUAAAACUGCCCUCGAAUCGCGUAAUAAAGAAGUUGAAAGACUAAAAUCUGCAGUGCAAGUGAAUGACAAAGCCUCAUUAGAUAAUUUAGCUUUAACGAAAGAGCUUGAAUUAAAAUCAAAGGAAAUUGAUGCAUCACAUGAAAAGGUUGAAAGCCUAACAAAACAAAUUAAUGAAAAUGUAACUAGUAUACACAAACUUGUGCUUGAAAAGAAUGUUCUCAAAGUAGCCGAAAACGAACUCUCUGAGAAACUGGUGAAUUGUGAAAACAAAAUUAGUGAACUCGAAAAAAUGAAUCUAGAGAACUCCAUUUCUAAUGAACGACUCAAAGAAGAAAAUCUUGAACUAACUAAAACAAUAGCAGAAAAAAAUGUCACGGAAAAAGAAUUACUUGAAUUCAACAAACAAUUUGUUAAACAAAUCGAGGAAAUGACUGCCAAGAAUAACCAGUUAGAAGAAGAAAUAAGCGAAAAACGUGAUCUUAUAUCUUCUCUUGAGAAAGAAGAUAAAGAAUCCAAGGAAUAUUUGCUUAACGCCAAAGCGGCCGUACUGAAAUCACAACUUAUCCUUGGUACCUUGACCGGGAACAUGCAAGAAGUACCAGAAAUUAUUGACAACUUUGUAAACGUUUUUAGUGUACUAAGUAACAGCAUGAAUACUUUGGAAAAGGUUGCCAAUGAUGUUGCCAAACAAAAAGAGGAAGCUUUGAAAAAUAACUAUGACUUAAAAAUCAAGUUAGAAGAAGUGAUUUCGUCACAUAAAUCUGAGAUUUUGGUACUGCAAGAACAACUUGACAUACAUAGCAUCUCUGAAUCUAAUGUCAGUCAGGAAAACUUAUCAUUAAGUAACAGAAUAAGUGAGUUAAACAAUGAGCUCGAAAUGAGCCGCCAUGAGCUACGUACUCAAAUAACACAAAACGAGAAUUUGGUAGCUAAUUUAACUCAAGUUACAGAAAACGUCGAGACAUGCAAUAAGAUAAUGGAUGGUUUACGGACAGAAAAACAGAAUUUAGACCAGAUUGUAAUAAGCUUGCAAAAAGAUAUAGAAAAUCUAAUGUCGAAGCUUCAAGAAAAGGAUAGUUUGUUAAAUGAUAAGAUCUCCGAAAUCAAUAUUAUUGAGGAACGAAUUAUUAACUCUCAACAGGAGCGAGACGAGCUGUUAAAUAGUAUUUGUAAGAAAAUUACACAAUUCACGAUCAAUUUCAAUAUACAAAAUGAUAUUUUGGAUGAAGGACAUGGUGACUGUAGUAAGGUCCACGAGCGUAUUCUUCUUACAUUAGACAGUAUAGGAAAUCACAUCUCAUUAAUGAACAUGAAAAACGUCAAUGAUGAAAGUGCCAAUGUAGACGAAAUAUUAUUAGAAGCCCAGAAGGAAAUAGCAGCUCUGACACAACAGAAUCUCAGUCUCAUAGAACAGUUAUCUCAAGUAGAAAACAAACAUAGUGAAUUGUCUUUUGCAAUGAAAAAGAUUCAAGAAGACAAUAAACAACUAAAUAAAGAAUUGACUAUGAGUCAAAAUAUACUACAAAGUCUACAAUUAGAACUUGAGCAAAAAUCUGAUGAUUUAACAACCAUGGAACGCAAAGUUCUAGAAUGGAAAGAACAGUUUAAAAGUCUUGACACUAUAAUGACAGAGCAGAUGGCAGAACUUAAAUUGGAAAACGAAAAACUUAAAGCUCGCAUCACAGAAAAUAAAGUACAACCGCAAACAGUAGUAACUUAUGAACAUAAAGAUUCUUAUGACAAUAACAAUAAAAAAGCUGGUGAAUUAAAAGAGAGCUCAAGCACAUGCAGCGAGAUUUCUUCUCCUCCUAGCCUGUUAACGAUAUGCUGCAACAAAAUAGUAGAUUCCAUACAACCCAAAGAAAAUGAAUCUAAAACUUCGACUGUUAGUUCUAACACUGAGUAUUCAGGUGAAACUCACAAAACUUACAUAGUCGAAUGCAAAUGCAAACUACUUGCCGCAGAACUAGAAGCUUCUAAAGAAGAGAACUCUAGAAUCAUUGCACUUUUAGAGCAAAUGGAAUCAGGAAACAAACAUCUUAUUCGAGAACAAGAAACCUUACAGUCUGAAAUUCGACAUCUUCUUGGCCCUGCCGAAGAAUUGCAAAAGAAAAUCGUAAGUCAUAAAACUAAUUUAACUAUCUUAACUGCCACCACUAAUGCAGAAAACAAAUCUCUAAAAUCCCAAGUAAAAGUAUUACAACAUCAUCAUCGCCGCUUCCACAAUGUAUGUCAGCGAGAUUUACCAGAGUUUAAAAAACAAUUACGAGAACUAAUGAUUUUGUUAAAGGGAGAUCCUUCGGUUGCUGAACAACAAAAUGCCAGUUUUAAACGAUAUUCGCUACCCGAUGUGCUAGAUAGCAGCACUGCUCUACCUAACUUUAAAAACGAAUCUACCUUAGAUGGAGACCUUUUGAUGCUUGAUACCAAUGUAACCAUAACUACGGCUGCAGAUAACACCUUGACUGGUCAAGAUCAAACAUGUUUAGAUUUAACACAAUUCUACAAUGAAGCUUGUCAGACGAAUGAUUUAAAUCAAACUGAUAACCAAACUAUGCAAGACAUGACAAUUUUAUGUGAUCAUAACCAGGACAUGACAGAAAUGAUAAAUAUGUUAAAAGAAGAAAAUGCAACUCUACGUGAAUUAGUAAAUAAAUACGGUGAGAGUAAAGAAUGUAUGACAGAUGCAGCAGUGAGUCCUGUCAAGUCGAAUGAACCCGUUACUAAUUCUGUGGAUGACAAGAUUAGUGUAAUUUAUGAGUGUGCUAAUUGUAAAAGGCAAGCAGAGUUACAACAAGCACAUGCAAAACUAUUUGAUGAUUUAAAAACAGUAACUCAGGAACUGGCAGAAAUAAAAGCACAAAAAUCUGAAAUCGAAGAAAAGUAUAACCAUCUGGCCCUAGAAACACCCUCAACUGAUAUUCUAAUAAAGAAGUUAAAUAGUUUAGAAAAAGAUUGCAAUACUAAAAUCCAAGAAAUUGCCAAACUUAAUAAAAUAUUGAGUAUUAAAACGGAGCAAUUGAAAAGUUUACAAGAUGAAAACGAUACAUUGUCAACACAAGUUUUUGAAAAUGUUUCCGAAGCAGAUGACUUGAAUAGAGAGUUAGACAAUAUGAGAAAAAUUAAUACUGAAUUGUUAGAGAAAUGUAGCAAGUUAGAGCAAUCUGCCAAGGUAUCUAAUGAAAGCCUAAGCAAUAUUGCUACUAUUUGUUCUGAAUGUAUAACCAAAGAUGAGCGUAUAAAGGCAAUGGAAAUGAAGCUAAUGAAAUCGCAUUCAAAAUUAAACAGGAGUCUAAGCGAUUCGGAUACCUCAUCUAGGUUUAACAAAAUUGUUACUUUACAAAGUGAAUUGCACGCGGGCAGAGAAGAAUGUAAGGAGAUAACCGAAGAUGUAGCCAGUAUUAAAAACCAUUUAGACCGCAGCAAUCUCGCGAUGGAUUUAGAUGAUAGUUUGAGUGAGUCGAACAUCUACCCAUUCACUAAAGAUUAUGGCAUUAGUAGCCCUCAAUCUAUCAAAUGUACUAUGCCCGACAUUCCGGAGGAACGCACCUCAGAUAUUUAUGUAAUGGAAAAAACUGACUGUCUUAAUUACUACGUUGAAAAGACAGGCAACAAAGAUAAUGUCGGCCGUGAUAUCAAAAUUAUCGAUCUCAUGAAAACGUUUUACGAACACCUAAUCACUCAACACGGCAAUGAAGUACAGAAUCUAACCAAUAAAUUGAAAGACUUCGAUGAGUCUAAAAGCCAGUUAGAAAUCCAAAUCUGUUCCCUAAUAGAAAAGCAUUCUCAAGUAGCCACGGCAUUGCAACAAAAAGAUCAAGAUUACAACACAGUAGCAAACACACUGUCGCUAAUAAAACAGAAUAUUCAUACUCUUAAUCAAGAAGUUACUAACGCAUCUGACAUUGACAUCAAUAAACUAGUAAACAUGUACAAAGAUAAUUUCUUUAAAGUGCUAGACAAAGAUUUAGGAUUUUCGAGCAUGCAAAUCAUCGAUGCUCUAAUCAAUAACAUUGUAAACAAGCAUCAAACAGAUUUAACGGAAAUCAAGGAACGUUAUACCAAAUUACAAGAACAUAUGGAAAAUGUUACUCUGGAAUUGAAGACGGUCAAUGAAAACUUGGCACAAAUGAAAGAGCAGUUGGCUGCCAAAGAAAGCGAAUACAAUUUACUAAAAGCCCAAAAAGAAAGGAUCCAUCAAAUAAGCAACGCUGUAACAUUAGAUAUAAUAAAAAGAGACAAAGAGCUAACAGAGGCACUUACUAAUGGUUAUAACAAACUUAUGGAACUUAAUAUAGUAAAUAGCGAAAACGUCGAUAUGACAUUGCCAGCAAAUGUGAAUGUUAGCCUUCUCUUUGACCACCUGAUUAACAAACACAAAGACGGUAAAACUCUUAAUAAUGAGAAGGAAAAAGAAAAUCUUGCUCUAGAGGUGAAGACUUCGAAACAAAUCAUAGAAGAAAAACAAAAAGAAAUUGAAGCACUUCAAUCACGUGGAAGAAGCUUACAAGAAAUCAAUAACGGAGUAACAAUAGACUUAGUUGAAAAACAGAACAAACUACAAGCCCAGAAUCAGAUAUACGAAAGUCAAGUUGAAGAAAAUAAAACUAAUGUCGAAUUAAUAAAAAAAUUGGAAGAAGAAAUCCAACAGUUACGGAAUGUCGUUGUAGAUAAAGAAAAUACUAUCGAAAAACUUGAAAUGAAAAUAAGUACUCAAGUUGAAUUAAUAGAAACUGUUAAAAACUUACAAAAUGAUAUUUCUCACUUGAAAUCAAUGAAUGAUAUCAUAGUGAAAGAAAAAGAUUCUUAUUCUUCCGAACUUGUGAAGUGUGGUGAGACGCUCAAACAAAAUAACAUGGAAAUGGACCGGAUGACGUCAGAUAUAUUAGUACUGAGGGAAUCAGUGAGAGAAAAUACUAUGAUAAUAGAUAAUUUGAAUUUGGAAGUAAAGAAUUUGUUGAAGCAGAAUAUGGACUUGAAGGGACAGUUGGAAGAAAAGUCAAGGGAGUGCUUUAGAUUGGAGACUAACAUGAAAACUCAUGAAAAAACAGCUGAGAUUCAAUCGAGAAUGAUAAUGAGGCUAGAAAAACAAAAGAAUGAGGACGACAGCACUAUAAGUGAGAAGAGCAAGCUAGUAGAUGAGCUCAAACAAAAAUGUGCUGCCUUACAGAAACAAUGCGAUUCAGUACACAAUGGCACAAAUGAAAUUGACGCCUUGAGGAAGAGUAAAGAGACUUUAGAGGCUCGGGUGAUUGAACUGGAAACGCAAUUGGAGGCGAAAUCCCGGCCAUCCAUUGAUGCAAUCGCAGAUUCGUCGCGACGAAGACGGCAGAGCUUACACGACUCCAAGCGAUUGUUUGGUGAAGAUCAUCAUGAGUUGGGAGAUCACAGUAACGCGGAGGCCAUAUUUGAGUCUCGCGCAAAACCUGAUGACUUGUUUAUGGAUGUUGACGAUGACAAUUCUAAUAGAAGCAGCCCUAUCAUGAGACUCAGUAAAGGACGGGAUAGCCUAUCUCUUUCACGAACCGAUCAGGAGGAAGAGCAUCCAUCUCGGCCGAGCAGUGUGGUAGCGACGCGUCGUCGCAGGCAGAGUAUACACGACCUGCAUAGAAGUGUGCUGCGUCAUACGCCGUCGCCUCAUGGUAUGGACGCAUCGCACAGGAUAAUUGAUGAAAUCAACCAUUCGAAACCUUCAGAUAUGUCCGGUGAUUACGUCAGCAGUGAAAUGACACAACUGAAAGACCGUCUAUCAGCCUGUCAGCAAGAGUUAGAAGAGCUUAAGGAAAAAUACAGAGAAUUGGACGAUGAAUGUGAAACUUGCGCCGAAUACCUGCGCGAGAGGGACUUACAGUGUGCACGGUUGAAGAAGGAGAAAACCGCUUUGCAAGCAACAGUGUCAGAACUCAAAGAGAAGUUACAGUCAUGCAAUCCAGCCCAGUCCAUGAAUCAGAGCCAACAGACUACUGCCAAACCAACCGUCUCUCACGUUGGAGUUAACACUGACGAAGAUUGGACGAACCUGCACUCGGUAGUCGUAGAUCGCAUGUCGUUUGACGCCGAGGUGGAGAAAAACAAAAGGUUGACGAAAACUAUUGAAGAGCUGCGAUUCAAGAAACAAGAUCUGAAGAAUACGCUCGCUAAAAUGCAAAAGGCUUUGGAGAAAAAUACUAGUAGCAGAGAAUUAGAGUCAACUCGUCACGAGCUGCAGGCGUGUAAGCACGAGCUGGCGCAGCUCCGACAGAAGUACAAAGAGCUGGACGAGGAGUGCGACACGUGUGCGCAGUACCUGCGGGAGAAGGAGGAACAGUGUCACAGGCUUAAGGAGGCUAAGAACGCUUUGGAGAUGAAACUGCACGAGUACCAAGGUACAAACGCGAUGGCGCAUUCAACACGUAAGAAGCGACAGAGUUUGCACGAUCAGAACCGAUCCUCAACCGUCGAAGUACAGGACGCUUCUACUGAAACUUGCGAUGAUUUCCUCAGCAACCAAGUGGAACGCGAUGCGCGUCCCUUGACCGAAGACAUGCAAGUCAAAGAAGUCAGACGAAUGAAAUUGAUGGUAGAGAAAUUAUCCCAACAGAAGGCGCUGCUAGAACAACAGCUGGUUAGCAUGUCGCAUCCCAUGUACGUCGCUACCGGCAGCGCUAUUGUACAGAACCAACAACUAACAGACGUGAUGAAAGAAAACCAAAAACUCAAGAAAAUUAACGCGAAACUCGUGAACAUUUGCAAGAAAAGGGGCAAGGACUCUAACAGAGAAAACGAAGACCCGGCCGGUCAGGGCUGAGUUAUAUCAAUGUAGAUUUUAUAAUAUUCAUUUGUCUAAACAAUUUGGAUGAGUUGCACCAUUAAAGUAUAACGAUGACCAAGCCUUCGAAUUAACGCCCAGUGCUCAAACCGUCUAUUUAUAGUUAUCGUUAUAGUUAAAUGGUGCAACCCACCCUUAGUUAAAUUUCCUUUGACCAAUGCACAAAUAAGACGGGUAACGACAUAAUAAUCAUAAUAAGCUGGACUUGUUGAUUCCAUAAUACUCAUAAUGUGGUAUUUUAAUAGUGAGAAAUUUUUAAGUAUAUUUUCGGCAUGUUUUUAUUCGCCUAAGCGUAAAGUUUAGAUGUUCGGAAUUAUGAUGGAACUGUCCGCGAGAUAUAACUUUACGUAAAUGGACAUGUUUCUAGCACUUUUGUAGUAAGGACCAAUCGUUGUUCAUUGAAGCCACAACUAUAUAAGACUGAAUGUUACAACGACAUUCCAUACGCAUUUAUAAAAGGGAAUGGUGCAAGAGUAAUGUGAGUUUUGUGUUUGAUCAAAUUAUUUUAAUCAUUAAUAGAAUUUCAUUUUAUUUUUCUUUCUUAAUUGAUUUAUUUUAUCACGUCCCAUUGAUACCAUUAAACGUUACUUUUGCGCUGUAAACUUCGAAAAGUAUUGAUAAAAUGUGAUUGUCUGACUCUAAAGCUAACGUUGUGAGUAUGGGUGCCAUUGUAAAUAGUUUAUUCUCAUAGAUAUAUUGAAUGCGGUACAAUAUAGUAUUAUUAGGGUGUACUUAAAAUGUUUGUGCCUAAAAGUAUUUAGUGAUAUUAGUUUGAGAAUGCAGAUAAUAUUUAUUAUAACGUUUAUAUUGUCCGUCUGUAAAUAUAAAAAUUAAUGUUUACAUGUUGGCAAGAACAUAUUUACCUUUGCAUAAAUUCAGUCCAAAUAAAUGAAAAAUCAAAUCACCACACACUGAUAGUCGUUUUUUUAUCUUCACUGUAAUUUUCUGUUUCUUUUCUAUAAUUCAUUACUCCUGAAGCUUUAUACCUAUGUAUGUCUAGCAUACCACUAACUUAAAAUAAGUAAUUCGUCCAUAAAUAAAAUAAAAAUGCACAAUUAAUUAAUCACUCAAAGAGAAUUUCUAAUAUUAUUGAACUAAUAUUGUUUUAUUGCAAUUUAAUUUUAAUUCACUGUUUAUCUUCUGAUAUUGAUGGUACCGAUACAAAAUAAAUGUUUGAUUUAUUAAA